UGGCGUCUGCAGUACCGACAUUCACCACAGGCAGAGGAAGGCAUUGCAGAGACUAUUGAAGGGCUGUUAAAGGUGGGGGUGUUGGAGCCUUCCACGUCUCAAUGGAACACGCCUAUUUUGCCAGUGGAAAAGCAUGGCACAGUUUUACAUCACAGGUGACUGCGGGCCAAGGACAGGAGCAGACGGUGCCAGACGCGAAGUGGGUGUGGCUGAAGGUUUACAAACGGAAGUGGAACGAGCCCAGGUGGACAGGUCCGUUUGAGGUGGGGACCAGGACCUCACACGCAGUUCAGCUGAAGGGGAAAGGUGAAACCUGGUACCACUGGAGCCAGUGUGCUGUAGCUGAAGAGCCUAAGCGGUCGGAGAGGCUCUUGGCAAAAGAAAAGAGGGGGAACUCGGCUGAGACCCCUCACAUGGAUCCCAGCCCAGGGACAGAAUAAAUCCCUGAUCCAUGCAACGACUGAAGGGUAGUCUACCCCGGAAGUCGAAGAAAGAAGAGCAACAGAGGAUCGCAUAACCCAGAAGAUAAAGUGAAUUGCCCAGAGACAGACCCGAAUCCACUCUGGCGACUCCACCAUCACAGGCCACGGCGAAGCGAACCAAACGCAGUGAAACAGGUAAAUCAGAUGAGUGUUUGGAUUAUUAUGGCGGUAUAGAGUUGGACUACAUUAAAGGGUCCACUACCUCGUAUACAUUCGACCUUUGUGCUGUCAUUAAAUGUAAAGGCUUAAACAGUUCAUGGCGGGGAUAUGAUGUCUGGGUAGGUUACAAUCCAAUGGUAGAUAUAGAGUGUAAUAAUCAGAAGCUUAGCUACCCCUAUCACACUUAUUGGAAGGGCCCGUGUGACUACUGGUCUACCAUAGUGGAGUAUUCUGGCACGUGGCGCCCGUACAAGGACACCACGUGGCAGAAGCUUGGGUUUCAGCGGGACUUCUCAGCUGGGCAGAACCCGUUGACCCUCUCACUGAAUCGUUGGUAUGACACUGUGUGGCCCGCCCGAUCUGUGGUGUAUUUAUUUAUAGGGGCAGAUGUCUCAGGGAAGGAUCCAUACGGUUUGGUUAAAAUUAAUUUUAGAGAUUUUGCACACGGUGUGGUUGAAAUAACUGUAUCAACACCUCCCCCACCAUUGCCACUUUCUGAAUCGGGCCCACAAAUAAUCGAGGUAGAUUAUACAAGACUAAAACCUAAACAGCUCAUUUCAAUGGCUACUGGCUAUCGUGAAAGCAAUUUAUGGCUAGACUGGCUUAUCCAAAAUGCUAGGGAACAGAAUGUUUCAGAUUGUGUGGCGUGCACAGCUGCCCGCCCACAUCUUUUCACAGAACCGGCUCCUUUACAUCCCGAAGACCAGUGGGGAUUUGAGUGCAUGCUCAGACUCACUAGAGAAGCGGUUUCUGAAGGUAAUUGUACUACAUUAGCAAGUUUGUUUCCACCAAUAGGUAAUGAUACUGUACUUGGUCCCUUCACGCCAAGAAGAGCCAACUACACGUGUUUUAACUUUACUGUGUUCUUCCCUGACAGACAUGAGCAUGAGGCCGGGGAGAUUAACGCUGAUUGGUGCACUGUGACGUACCUGGCCAGAGGAAAGUUAUCAAGAGACACCGGCACCGAAAUAGGCCUGUGGGCACGUGCUGGUUUGUAUUAUUAUUGUGGUGGGUAUAGAUUGUAUGUUAGAAUUCCUAGUGGGACUUCUGGUCUCUGUGCCAUGGUACGUUUAGGUGCACCUCUUGUUUUAGUAGGUGAAAAGGGGGUGCGGCUGGCUAAGCCCGGCACCGCUCAAUUGACAGCCAGGCAGAGACGUCAUGUGUUGGCCAAACGGUCACCAGGAUCGUUUGACCUUACAAUAGGAUCACCAACGUAUAUAGAUGCUAUUGGAGUGCCUAGGGGUGUGCCUAAUGAAUUUAAGUUAGCGGACCAAAUUGCUGGAGGAUUUGAAAAUCUCCCAAUAAAUUCUGCAUUUUUUCCAGUAACUCCAAAUAAGAAUGUGGAUCAUAUUAAUUAUGUGCAUUAUAAUGUCCUGAGACUGGCGAACCUUACCAGGGACGCGGUUGAAGGGCUUGCUGAACAGUUGGGUCCAACAUCUUUAAUGGCAGUACAAAAUCGGAUGGCGUUAGACAUGUUGUUGGGAGAAAAAGGGGGCGUUUGCGCGAUGUUUGGGGAUAUGUGUUGCACCUUUAUUCCAAAUAACACAGCUCCGGAUGGCUCUGUGACCCGAGCGCUGGAAGGCCUGAGGACGUUGUCCAUCACAAUGCAUGAGCAUUCAGGAGUGGAUAACUUGCUGGAAGAGUGGAUGACCUCUGUCUUUGGGCAAUGGAAAGGUUUUAUUAUGUCAAUUAUGGUUUCUUUGUCUGUUUUUACUGCAAUAUUAGCAACGUGUGGGUGUUGUUGUGUGCCUUGUAUCAGAGCUUUGCUUGUAAGACUCAUCAAUCGUGCUGUGGGAGAAUCUGAUACAAAGGCAGACACCAUGUUGCCACUUUUGGGAAAUGGGGAGUCACAGUAUGAAAACAUUAUGGUGAAAGAUUUAGUUUAGUUUUAUCUGCCAUAGGGCAGAUAAAAAAGGGGGUUUGUAGGGAUGUUUAGCUUAUUUUAGAGUUUAGACAUGUAGGAAUGUUUAGUUUGCUUUAGAGUUUAGAAAUGUGUUAAGAUAGAAUGUAGAAUUAUUGUAGAGACACUGACACUGCCCUCAAUAUAAUAAAGGCCUAAUUGUGUCGUGAGCUUAGAAGUAGAUUUGUAACUGGAUAACUGUGGUCUGGAGGGGAGAUGGUAUUUAUGGCCCCUAGGAAGAGACAUACCCACAGUGCUUAACUGAUAUACUCCCACACCUAUAUGCACACUCACACACGUGCACGCAUAUAUCAGGUAUGCACACACCGUCACUCACGAGCACUCACAUAGACACGCGGGAACGCGCACAUGUAGGCAUUCACGUGCUCGCACACACACAAGUAAAAGUAGGUAAACAUAGCACUUAGUUUAUGGCACCUCGUAGAGGGAUUAGAAGGGGGGUCACUUAUACAAAACUGCAUGUAACGGACAAAGGGGUUGAGAUCUGCAGAGAAAGUCCGGGGUUCUGUACAUCUCCCUUCUAGAAGGUAUAAUCAAUAAGUGUGUAUGAAUAAAGGUAUGGUUAAUUGACUACUGAGUCCCGGUGUUCUUUCUGGA